AGAGAAGGCUGCGUGUGACGCUUGAGUGUGGUUCCGGUUCUGGAAUCGGCUGUUCCGGAUUGGAGGGUCGGGAUCCUCCGGGCGGUUUAGAAGAUGACCACCGCGGCCAGGCCAACGUUUGAGCCAGCCAGGGGCGGCAGAGGGAAAGGAGAAGGAGAUCUAAGUCAGCUUUCCAAGCAGUACUCCAGCAGAGACCUCCCGUCACACACCAAGAUCAAAUACAGACAAACCACCCAGGAUGCCCCCGAGGAGGUGAGAAGCCGGGACUUCAGGAGGGACCUGGAGGAGAGAGAACGUGUGGUUGCCCGAGAGAAGAACAGAGACCGACCCCCGAGAGAGCACACAUCAUCCGUGUCAAAGAAGCCUCGUCUAGACCAGAUCCCAGCAGCAAAUUUGGAUGCAGACGACCCGCUCACAGACGAAGAUGAAGAUGACGACUCUGAUGAAGACAGCGAUGACGAUACCGCCGCCCUCCUGGCAGAGCUGGAGAAAAUUAAGAAGGAGCGAGCAGAGGAGCAGGCUCGUAAGGAAUUAGAGCAGAAAGCGGAAGAGGAGAGGAUUCGAAUGGAGAAUAUAUUAAGUGGUAAUCCUCUGCUGAACCUCACAGGCCCUGCACAAGCUCAAGCCAGUUUUAAAGUGAAGAGAAGGUGGGAUGAUGACGUUGUGUUUAAGAACUGCGCUAAAGGAGUAGAUGAAAUGAAAAAGAACAAAAGAUUUGUGAACGACACCCUGCGCUCCGAGUUCCACAAGAAAUUCAUGGAGAAAUACAUCAAGUAGUACAGUUUUAUGUGCUUCACCCAGAAGACGGAAUAUUUUAACUUAUCAUUUGAGGACAUCUCGUGGCUUUUGAACUGCUUCUAAUUUGUAUUGAGACCUCCAUCAUCCAAUUCAGUUGGUCUCAAUGCUCCCCCGGGUUAUUUUCUCCAUAUUUUGGAACUGUGUGAAUAAACACCCAUUCUUUUCUAGUUUUGUUUUAUUUUUCUAUUAUGAUGAUGAUGAUGUUUUAAGUGUAGAAACCUAUGACUUGUGUUAUUAAAAAGAUUAUACCA